AGAAACCCGAUCAUCUGUCCCGUGUAGAAAAAAAACAUCACAGAGAAGAUCUUUUGCUUGGAAGUGCAUUCAAGAUCUGCUCCGUAUCAGCCUGAAUAACUCAAAGAUUACACCGACCAUGGAAGAUGGCAGAGAAACAGCUGCGAUGAGAGAGGAAGAACGGAGGAAGCGACAAAUAGACUCUGAAUUGAGCUCGAGAAAUAAUAAAGCCUUGGAGAACACAGACAGCGACAUUGGUUUGUGUGGAUGGAUCUUGGUGAUUUUUUCCAUCCUGCUCACGUUGCUGACCCUUCCUCUAUCUAUAUGGAUGUGCAUUAAGAUAGUGAAGGAAUAUGAACGGGCAAUCAUCUUUCGCCUGGGACGCAUUUUACGAGGAGGAGCCAAAGGACCAGGUCUAUUCUUCAUCUUACCCUGCACAGACAGCUUUAUCAAUGUGGACAUGCGCACCAUUACAUUUGAUAUCCCGCCUCAGGAGGUGUUGACUAAGGACUCUGUGACAGUGAGUGUAGAUGGUGUGGUUUACUACCGCGUGCAAAACGCAACUCUUGCAGUCGCCAACAUCACCAAUGCUGAUGCUGCCACUCGUCUGCUGGCACAAACCACUCUGAGGAAUGUGCUGGGAACAAAGAACCUGGCAGAGAUCUUGUCUGACCGGGAGGAGAUCGCACACAGCAUGCAGUCUACACUGGAUGAUGCCACAGAUGACUGGGGUAUUAAGGUGGAGCGUGUGGAGAUUAAGGAUGUUAAACUGCCCCUGCAGCUGCAGAGAGCAAUGGCAGCCGAGGCUGAAGCGUCCAGAGAAGCCAGAGCAAAGGUGAUCGCUGCUGAAGGAGAAAUGAAUGCGUCACGGGCUCUGAAGGAGGCCUCUCUGGUGAUCGCAGAGUCUCCGUCUGCCCUGCAGCUGCGAUACCUCCAGACCCUCAACACCAUCGCUGCAGAGAAGAACUCCACCAUCAUCUUCCCUCUGCCCAUCGACAUGAUGCAGUCCUUCCUGAAGCACUGAGCGCACACACACAGACGCAGCCAUGCACAGAUGAACAGACUGAAGGUUAUGUAACAUGCACUCGUGUGAGGAUAAUGUACUGCAGGGGGUCCAGAAGUCUGAGGAAUCUGCUAUUCUGUGUCCUGGAUUUUAUCUAAAAUGAGAAUCUAAAUUUAGAGAUUAAAUUGGGUUUGUUGGUUAUUAAUCGAAUUUGUGCAUUGCUGAUCAUGUGACUUUACAGAUUGGAGGAGGUCAAAAAGUCAAAUCCUGAAAUUUAUAUACCUUCACUACCUUUUAAACCUUCUAAAGCUGCAUUUAUCUGAUCAGAAAUACAGUAAAACCUUUCACAUUUAAAUUGGAAUAUAUUAUCUUACCGUUAGUUUAUUAGAAACAGUUAUUAUUAGUAAUAGCCUUCUUUUAAAACAAUAUUAAAUAAUGCAGAUGCCAAAUUUUGGACUGGUAGUGUAUAUUAAUCUGAACCCUCCAGUCAUCAUUCUGAUAAUAUAAAAUGAAAAUGCUAAAUAUUUUUCACCAUUUCAUUAGUGGUCUCAGACUUUUGGACUCCACGGUCCAUGUAAAACACCCACACCCCUCUCUUUAUUUACAUGUGUGAUUCCUUUAAUUUUUUUUUUGGAGGAAAUUGGAUACAAAAUGAAGGAUAGUCAUGAAAUCCUCCAUUAAAUAAGAAUUUAAAUGAGAAAAUUGAGUGCAAAACAUUUUGUGCUCUUUGUCUCAAACUUUCAGCAUGGGUUUCAUACUAAUAAUUGGAUUUAAAGUAUACAGAUCACAGACCAUGGUAUUAAAAAAAAACUAUGUUUUUGUAACUAAGACUUUCUCACAAUUUUUUCUUUUUUUCAAACACAGAUUUGUCAUAUAUAUAUAUAUAUAUAUAUAUAUAUAUAUAUAUAACAUAUAUAUAUAUAAAACAUAUAUAUAUAUAUAAAACUAUAAAACUUUUUUUUAUAAGUUUAUAUAUUAAAUAACAAUUUAGACUUUUUAUUCUCACAUUUUGCUGCUGUUGUGAUUUGUGAGAUGUAAACUUUUUUUUAAGCAAUUAAAAAAAAAUUUCUCUCAAUUCACAGUUUACGUGUCAAAAUUUAGACAUUUUAUCUGAACCUAGAUUAAUGAGAAACAUGCGAUGACCGAGAGAGCUUAAUGUGCUGCAGUUUAGGAAAAUUAGCAAUUACAAAUAAAAUGCCAGCAAAUAAGGAACAUAUCACCAUCGGUUUGACAACAUAUGCACUGCAUUUUACAUAUUAAACACAAACAAUUCACGAAAACGAACUGCAUUUUCUCACAAAGCAAACAAUUUACAAAAACGCACUGCAUGAAACACAAGAAAUAUUUCAAGGGGACACUAAAACGUGAUGACCUGGCUAUUUAGGUUAUGGUUAUUUAUGAUAAUAAAAUACAAAAAACAAGCCAAUCUAGAUGGUAAAAUAAACGAACAAUAAGCUCACCUUUCGAAGAUCACCCACAACUUCACUGAGCAAUCGUCACGGCACAGUGGUGUCCAUCACGUUUUUGGGUGAAGCAUUUUCAUUGUGUUCUGAAUGAAGCACGUUUUCGUAAAUUGUUGCGUUGUGAGAAAAUGUAGAGCGUUUUAUUAAUUUGGUUGCGUUGUGUGAAAAUUUGUUGUUUUUUAAUGUGUUUGCGUUUUGAGAAUUUGCAGCAUGUGUGCUGUCAAACGGAUGAAGAUCUUUUCUGAAUUUGCUGCCUUUUUUGUAAACUCACGUUUUCUUAAAUUGCAGUAUGUUAAACUCUCUCGCCCACCGUAAUACCUCUCAAAACCCAGAUUUGAAAGAGACAAAUUCAGACUUAAAAUUAUACUCAAAAAUAUAUUUAUUUCUUUUAAUUGUGAGUUAAUCUCGCAUGUAAAUCUUUUAGCAAUUCUGACUCCAAAUUGUGAAAUCCUCUGACAAACUCUACACCAUAUAAUUCAAAAUUAUAAACAAAAGAUCUCUGGUUGUCAUAAUUGUAAUAGAGGGAUACAGACCAGAGCUGAUUGAUAUUUGAAAUGAUGAAUAAUGCACAAAAAAAAAAUGUCUUUUUGGUUUGAUGGUUAAUUAAACGCCUCCUGUGCAAAUGAGUGCAUGUGCAGGUGUGUGUGUGAGUGUUUGUGUGUGUUUUCAGCAUAUGUAACCUAAUCUGCUUGAUUGCCAAAUAGAUAAUAAACCAUCUGAAGAGAUAUAUUUGAGUAGUAUCGGGUGUCACGGGACGAAACUGACAGCAACGCUUAUUGUGCCUACAGGUUCACUUCCACAAACCUUUAUUAACGCUGACUGUCAAUGCAAAAGCCUUAAGCCAUAUCAACUUUAAUUACUCCAUCAAUAUUUACAGGUUUACAUCAUGACGGUUGACAUUUAAAACCUUUAAAUAACCUCCUGUUUAUCACUUGGUUUUGAUCGUAACAUUUCAUGCGAGACAUUUUAAUAAAUCUAAUCUAAUGUUUUUACUUGCCGAAAACAAAACGAAGGCUAUAGAGGUCAAUGUUUGUGCUGUUUUAAAUAUCCAGGUAUGAGAUUACAAACUUUUUAAAGAUGUGAAUGAAUUGCAGUGCUGCUUAGGACUGUUUAUUGUUUCAAUGAUAUUUCCGUAUGUUUGUAUUCGCUCAUCAGUCUGUCACAAUUCUAUACGUAUAUAAAAUAUCUUUCUUCUGUCUUAUUGUAACUGAUGUAUGUAAAAUUACACCUGCUGUUUUGCCAAUUCACUUUUAUGUACAUGGUGACAUUGAAUGUUUUUUUUUUUUUUUUUUUUACAGUUUGUACUGUAUUUUUAUGCCUGUCAUAUAUUUGACUGUCCCAUUCUUGUCACUAAAUCAUAAAUCAAAUGUGAUGUCGUUACAUA